GUAAUGCUGUGAUGCGUCGUCAGAUGUCGUCAUCGUCGUCAGACCGUCGUGGGAAUCAGCAGAACUCAUAUUUUCGCAGUAUGAUGUCCGUCAUUACCGCUGUCUUAGUCGCCUUAGGAACGAUAUUAAACUUCAUUGUGCAAGGAUUCAAACGAAUGCAUAGAGGGUACGCCAAAUAUCAAGUGAUCAAAUAUCAUCAUAUUCCAUGUUCUCCUCUCACAGCACAUCGAUUAAGUAUAAUGCGAAGGAAGAUUUUGGUUCUUGAUCUAGAUGAGACUUUAAUUCACUCGCACCACGAUGGUGUCAUCCGACCUAUGGUCAAACCGGGAACACCAUCUGAUUUCACGAUUAAGGUCGUGAUUGAUCGACACCCUGUUAGAUUCUCUGUUCACGCACGUCCUCAUGUUGACUACUUCCUAUCCAUUGUCAGCGAAUGGUUCGAUUUGGUUGUGUUCACAGCAAGUAUGGAAGUGUACGGAACACAUGUCGCUGAUAAACUCGACAAUGGACGAGGGAUUUUGAAUAGGAGGUAUUUCCGACAGCAUUGUACCAUGGAUUACGGUGGUUACACGAAGGACCUUAGUGCCAUCCAUCAAGACCUUUCUUCUAUUUUUAUUCUGGACAAUUCACCUGGAGCUUACCGAAAAUUUCCUCAAAACGCAAUUCCUAUUCCGUCUUGGUUUUCGGACCCAACAGACACUUGCUUACUGAACUUGUGUGGUAGCAAAAGGGUCACCUGUCUGCGAUUCUGCUUAUUCGGGUCGACCUUUUACAAUAGCUCGCAGGAGGUGAAUGUUGAUGUGAGCUUACUGCUGGAAACCAAUCGCGACCAAUGAGUUGUUACUCUCAUCUUUAUUGAAUUACGGAAACG